AUGUUUUACAAUUACACGAAUCCACCUCUAAUGUUAUUUGGGAUUUACGAUGUGGCCACGAUUUUGGUGAACGAAAGCUAUUAUCCGUUCUACAUGUUUCUUUUGUUCUGUGAGCUGAUUGGGAUGGGUUUCUCGUUUACGAUUGAGAUUAUCGCUGCCUACAUCAUCUUCAGCUCAUCCGCUUUUAACAAGAACCUCAUUCAAAUUUUUGGCAUCAUCCUCACCGUCCACAUUCUAUCUCAAAUUGGAAGAGUUUUCCUGAUGAUGUAUCAAUAUGGAAUCUUUCAGAUAAAAGCUCUUGAACGGGUGAUGGCCACGUAUUUUAUUGGAGAUUAUGAGAAAUCCGAGAGAACAUGGAUCAAAAUCUUUCUUGGAAUUAUUGGAGUGACCAUGCAGAUUAUCGGAUGUGUGCUUUAUAUUUUUUUUGCGGCUAAAUACGCGCGGGGUCUCUUCAUCGUGAUGUUUCCUACUGUUGCACUUUAUCUCAUCUCUUGUUUUACGAUAUUCUCUGUGAUUUAUCGCCUAAAUUCAAACAACCUGAAAGCAAUCUUAAAAACCUAUGAACUACGAAGAUACUCAUUGAGUUUACGGUUCCAAUUGGAGGAGAAUCUGCGAUCAUUAAAGUCUUUAAAAACAAUCUUUGUUCUUCAUGGCUUUUUCAUGGUGAUUGGUGCUUGUAUUUUUGUAUUGCCGCAUAUGUGGUAUGUGGAUGGAAAUCCGCUGCUUGAGCUCACCAUUGCACUGCUUGAGGGCUUCCAGAGCAUGUAUGGA